UCCCGGCAGAGGUGGCCGCGCGCGUUGCCGCCGAGAGGCCCCGGUGGAGGCGGGCCGCCGGGGAGCGUCUAGGCGAGAAGCUUUCGGCCCGGCAUCGGCGCCCGAGACUCCGGGCUCUGCGCUCGCUCGCUGGCAGCCAAGCCCAGGUAAUAGUUUUCCAGAUCCUAGAAUGAUCUGAAGAUAUGCACUUCAUAAUGGCUACACCCACAUCUUUGCUAAGGAGCUGCAGGUACUUGCUCUUUUCAGAAGUCACCAUGGCCUGGUUUUGUCAACGACUGCUGAAGAAACUGCUUUCAGACUCCUAUCUCUUUCAAGUUUUUAUAGCUGCUAUGAUGGGAAAAUGACAGCAGCCAAAAAGUUAGCAGGAAGACGGUGGGGACUGAGCAUCUCUGUUGGCAACAUACUGCACUAUGAUGGCAUGUAACAAGACCCUCCUGGGUGUCCCCCUGAAUGCCAGUGCUCAUGUCCCAUGCCCCAAUCACACGGCCUUGCCAACACCACUCAGGAUACUCUUGGCCAUAAUCAUGCUAUUCAUGAUUGCUGUUGGAUUCUUAGGCAACGCCAUCGUAUGCUUGAUUGUCUAUCAGAAGCCAGCCAUGCGUUCAGCCAUCAACUUGCUUCUAGCUACUCUAGCUUCCUCCGAUAUCAUGCUGUCUUUGUUCUGCAUGCCUUUUACUGCAGUGACCGUCAUCACGGUGGAAUGGAACUUUGGGGCUCACUUUUGCCGUGUAUCAGCUAUGCUCUACUGGUUCUUUGUCUUGGAAGGUGUUUCUAUACUCUUGAUCAUUAGUGUUGACCGAUUCCUAAUCAUUGUCCAACGCCAAGACAAACUGAACCCACACCGUGCCAAAAUCAUGAUUGCCCUUUCAUGGGCCUUUUCUUUCUGCAUCUCCUUCCCUUCUGUGAUCGGAUGGACCUUUGUAGAAUUCCCAAGCCGGGCUCCCCAGUGCGUCUUGGGAUACACUGAGUUUCCUGCAGACAGAGCUUAUGCUGUGAUGUUAAUUGUGGCCAUUUUCUUCAUCCCAUUUAGCAUCAUGUUGUACUCUUAUCUUUGUAUUCUGAAUACUGUCCGGCGGAAUACAGUCCGAAUCCACAACCACGUUGAGAGUGUCUGCUUGAAUCAGGUGAGCAAACUGGGCCUGGUAGGGCUGCAAAAGCCUCAUCAAAUGAACGUGGACAUGAGCUUCAAGACCAGAGCUUUCACUACCAUUCUCAUUCUUUUUGUUGGCUUUUCCUUCUGCUGGCUUCCACACACUGUGUUCAGUUUGAUGUCUGUGUUCAGCAGGCGGUUCUACUACAGCCCAUCCUUCUAUGCCACCAGCACCUGUGUGCUGUGGCUAAGUUACCUUAAAUCUGUGUUCAAUCCUGUCAUCUACUGUUGGAGGAUCAAAAAAUUCCGUGAGGCCUGCCUAGAGUUCCUGCCGAAAACAUUUAAGAUAUUUCCUAAAGUGCCUGGGCGAACAAAAAGGAGAAUACGGCCAAGCACAAUAUAUGUCUGUAGUGAGCACCAAUCUGCUGUUUAGGAAUAACCAGGUUCUUUUAAUUACUAAGGAGAAGAAACAAAAUGAUUGAACCCCUCAUAUUCUGUGACAGAAUCCUAGUGUUGUUCCAUAUAUUGACUGUGCAGAAUGUUCGAGUUUUGGUCAUGUGAAACAAUCAGUCUAACACAGCACUUGCUAAACUACUUUCUCUGCUGAAUGACCAAAUGUUACUGUCUUAUCCUGACAGCCAAUAAGACUACUGCUUUUAUUGUUCUAGUUUCUCCUGAGUCAAUGGUUCCCAGCCUUGGGACCCCAGAUGUUCUUGAAUGAGAACUCCCAGAAGC